CUCAACCGUCUUACCUCGAGAUAAUUCCUUUUGAACUCCAUCCACAUGUUGCCAUUAUUCGGGAUUUACUCGGCUACACAUCUAAUGAACCAGAAUGGACAGAUCCUGAUGAGGAAGAUGAUGAAGCAUAUUUACGAUCACUGGAUCCUAAGGAUUGGAAAACACAUGACUACUAUGCUAUCCUUGGACUGAAGAAACUGCGCCACCUAGCGAGUGCAGACGACAUUCGUCGUGCAUACAGAAAAAAACUACUUACCCAUCAUCCGGAUAAGCGUCGAGCUGCAGGUGAACGGGUAAAGGAUGAAUCCCAUGAUUAUUUCUCUUGUAUAACUAUUGCUUAUGAGAUACUCGGAAACCCAACUAAACGCCACGCCUAUGAUAGUGUUGAUCCAUUGGUUGUGGAUGAUUCAGUUCCCACAGUGUCCGAGAUUAAAGCAGACUUUUGGGGAAGCCUGCGGGGUUUCUUCGCUCGAAAGGCUAGGUGGUCAAAGAAACAGCCUGUUCCUGGAUUAGGCGGCCCGUGGACUGAUUUGGAUGACGUACAUUCCUUUUAUGACUUCUGGGACGAAUACGACACAAUCAGGGAUUACUCAUUCUUGGAUGAGGAAGAUAAAGAGAAAGGUGAAGAUCGUGAAUCUCGUCGUGCGAUUGAGCGUCAGAACCGGAUUGAGCGAGCCCGACGACGAGCUGAAGAACUGCGCACCAUCCGGCAAGUUGUGGAGCUUGCUAGGUCCAACGAUCCGCGGUUAUUGGCCGCCGGGAAGGCAGCACGUGACGCGAAAGCAGCUAAACGGCAGGCUCGCUUGGAUGCUCUUCGUCAGCGUCGUGAAGCAGAAGAACAGCAAGCUCGACUGGAAGCCGAGAGGCUCGCGGCAGAGCGAGCAGCAAGCGAGGAGCGCCGCCGUGUAGAAGCAGAACGUGUGAGAAAGGAACGGGAACAAACUCGGUUAGAGAGCAGACGUGAGCGGCGGCGUCUACGCGAGAUCGUUGUUGAGCGACAUGACCACUUUGUGCUUGUCGAUCCCCAGCCAACUGACCCAGGGGCUGAACGAGUACGGGUCCUGGCAGCUCUGGAUCUAAUCUGCCAACGUCUUUCAAACACGCAGUGGGAGGCAAUCGCUGCGUACGUGAAUCAGCAUGCUCCGGGCACAUCUAUCUCUGCCAAAGAAGCUCUGAAGCAAGCAAAGAGUUUGAGUCAGGAUGAUGUAAACCUGCGAAAGGAAGCAAACGAAAAAGCGUUUGACUCUUUUGCCAGUUCGGUACGCGAUAGCGAUGCAGUGAAGAAUGUUUCCAUCACAAGUCAGUUGGAAGCCGAGGCUGAUCGUCCAUGGACAGUGACGGAACAGCGCGCAUUAGAGCAGGCAUUGAGAAGUUUUCCAACACAAUCCACUGAGGGAGACAGGUGGCAACGGAUAGCUGAUGUUGUUGGUACUCGUACGAGACGGGAAUGCAUGGUGCGUUGCAAGGAACUUGCUGAACAAGUCCGGGCUAAGAAGGCAGCACUGUCUGCAGCGAAAACCUCGGUCCCUAAUGGAUCCAUCAAACCACUCGCAAACGCUUCAACCAAGUCAAAGUAGAUGUGAAUAUUUUCUUAACCCAUUGGAAAUACCUUUCUUUGUCCCACCAUCAUCUUUCAUGCCCUCAGCGUCUCGUAGACUUGAAGGCUGUGGUCGCAAUCGACCACCCCCUAUUGACAGUCCCCUGUUAUGUGUACAAAGCGUGCCAUGUAAGAAAU